CUUCUCCCCAAAGUUAAGCGAGUGUCUUGCUCAGCGGAGCUUGGAUCUCUGACAUGGAGGAAAUGCUGUCAUUCAAGGACGUGGUCAUUGAUUUCUCUGCAGAGGAGCGGGAAUGCCUGAGUCCUGCUCAGUGGAAACUGUACAGGGAUGUGAUGUUGGAGAAUUACAGCAACCUUGAGUUCCUGGGUCUUGCUUCCUCUAAGCCACACCUGGUCACAUUUCUGGAGCAAAUACAAGAGCCUUCAGAUGUGAAGAGAGAAGUGGCUGCCACUGUGCACCCAGGGGGAGAAUGCUGUACAUGCACAGAAUGUGGCAAAGUCUUUGACUGGACGAAAGUGUUUCAAAAUCACCAGAUAAUUGAUUUAGGAGUGAAGCCCUACAAGUGUGAAGAAUGCACUGAGUACUUCCAUAGUCCAUCAUUACUUUCUGAAGAGAAAAGAAUUAAUACAGGAGAAAAACUUUACAAAUGUGAAGUUUGUGGCAAGACCUUCUGCAUUCCAUUAUUACUCUCUGAACACAAGACAAUUCAUUCAGGAGAGAAUCCCUACAAGUGUGAAGUAUGUGGCAAGGCCUUCCAACAUCCAUCAAGACUUUCCAGACACAAGAAAAUUCAUUCAGAAGAGAAACCAUACAAGUGUGAUGUAUGUGGAAAGGCCUUCCACUUUCCAUCAUUACUUUUGGUACACAAGAGAGUUCAUACAGGAGAAAAACCCUACAAGUGUGAAGUAUGUAGCAAGGCCUUCCAUUAUCCAUCAAUACUCUCUAAACACAAACGAAUUCACACAGGAGAGAAACCCUACAAGUGUGAAGUAUGUGGCAAAGCCUUCCACAUUUCAUCAUUUCUUUCUAAACACAAAAUAAUUCAUAGAGGGGAGAAACCCUACAAGUGUGAAGUAUGUGGCAAGGCCUUCCAUUAUCCAUCAAGACUUUCCAACCAUAAGAAAAUUCAUUCAGUAGAGAAACCAUUCAAGUGUGAAGUGUGUGGAAAGGCCUUCCGAAUUUUAUCACUACUUUCUAAGCACAAGAUAAUUCAUUCAGAAGAGAAUCCCUACACAUGUGAAGUAUGUGGCAAGGCCUUCGAUUAUCCCUCAAGACUUUCUACCCAUGCAAAAAUGCAUACAGGAGAGAAACCGUACAAGUGUGAAGUAUGUGGAAAGGCAUUCCGUUCUCUGUCAUCAUGUUCUAAACACAAGAGAAUUCAUACAGGAGAUAAUUACUAUAACGGUGAAGUAUGUGGCAAGGCCUUUGUUUACCCUUCAAGACUUUCUAAACAUAAGAAAGUUUGUACAGGAGAGAAGCCCUACAAGUGUGAAGUAUGUGGCAAGGCCUUCCAUGUUUCAUCACUACUUUCUAAACACAGAACAAUUCAUACAGGAGAAAAACUAUAUAAGUGUGAAGUAUGUGGGAAGGCCUUCUAUUACCCAUCAAGACUUUCCAAUCAUAAGAAAAUUCAUACAGGAGAGAAACCAUACAAGUGUGAGGAAUGUGGAAAGGCCUUCUGCUUUCCAUCAUCACUAUCUAAACACAAGAGAAUUCACACAGGAGAGAAACCAUACAAGUGUCAAGACUGUGGGAAGGCCUUCCGCUCUCUGUCAUCACUUUCUAAACACAAGAGAAUUCAUACUGGAGAGAAACCCUACAAAUGUGAAGUAUGUGGCAAGGCCUUUCAUUAUCCAUCCUUACUUUCUAAACACAAGAUAAUUCAUACAGAAGAAAAACCCUACAAGUGUGAAGUAUGUGGUCAGGCAUUCCAUGUUCCAUCAAAACUUUCUAAACACAAGAUAAUUCAUACAGGAGAGAAACCCUACAAGUGUGAAGUAUGUGGCAAGGCCUUCUGCAUUCCUUUAUUACUUUCUAAACACAAGAGAAUUCAUAAAGGAGAGAAUCACUAUAACAGUCAUGUAUGUAGCAAGGCCUUUGUUUAUCCUUCAAGACUUUCUAAACAUAAGAAAAUCCACACACGAGAGAAACCAUACAAGUGUGAUGUAUGUGGAAAGGCCUUCCGCUUUCCAUCAUUACUAUUAAUACACAAGGGAAUGCAUACUGGAGAAAAACCCUACAAGUGUGAAGAUUGUGGGAAGGCCUUCUAUUAUCCAUCACUACUUACUAAACACAAGAGAAUUCAUACAGGAGAAAAGCCUUACCAGUGUGAAGUAUGUGGCAAAAGCUUCCAUGUUUCAUCAUCACUAUCUAAGCACAGAAUAAUUCACACAGGAGAAAAGCCAUAUAAGUGUAAAGUAUGUGGGAAGGCCUUCCGCUUCUCAUCAUCACUAUCUAAACACAAGAGAAAUCAUACAGGAAAGAAACCCUACAAGUGUGAAGAAUGUGGCAAGACCUUUCAUUUUCCAUCCUUACUUUCUAAACACAAGAUAAGUCACACUGGAGAGAAACCCUACAAUUGUGACUUAUGUGGCAAAUCCUUCCAUUAUCCGUCAUUACUUUCUAAACACAAAAUGAUUCAUACAGGAGAGAAGCCCCACAAGUGUGAAGUAUGUGGGAAGGCCUUCCAUUAUCCUUCAAAACUUUCCAACCAUAAGAAAAUUCAUACAGGAGAGAAACCAUACAAGUGUGAAGUAUGUGGAAAUGUAUUCUGUUUUGCAUCAUCACUUUCUAAACACAAGAGAAUUCACACAGGAGAGAAUCCAUACAAGUGUGAAGUGUGUGGCAAGGCCUUCUAUUAUCCAUCAUUACUUUCUAAACACAAGAUAAUUCAUACAGGAGAGAAACCCUACAAGUGUGAAGUAUGUGGGAAGGCCUUCCAUUACCCAUCAUUACUUUCUAAACACAAGGUAAUUCAUACAGGAAAAAAACCCUACAAAUGUGAAGUAUGUGGCAAGGCCUUCCAUUAUCCAUCACGACUUUCCAAGCAUAAGAAAAUUCAUGGGACUGGAGAGAUGGCUCAGCAGUUAAGAGAACUGACUGUCCUUUCAGAGGUCCUGAGUUCAAUUCCUAGUAACCACAUGGUGGCUCACAACCAUGUAUGAUGGAAUCUGUUUCCCUCUUCUGGUGUGCAGGUAUACAUGCAGGUAGAACACUCAUAUACAUAAAAUAAAUAAAUAAGUUCUUUAAAAAACUUUUGGUAUAUUGCCCGGUGCCUAAAAAAAAAAUUAUACAAAAGAGAAAACAUACUAGUGUGAAGUAUGUGACAAGGACUUCCAAUGUCAAGCACUGUUUUCUAACCACAAGAGAAGUCAUACAGGAGAGGAAACCUGCAAGUAUGGAGUAUGUAGCCUGGCCUUCUAUUGUCCAUAAUCACUUUUUGAACACAAGAAUUCACACAGAUGAGAAACCCUACAAUUGUUAAGUACAAGUCAACUCCUUUAGAAUUUGCCAGAUUCUUUCUACUCCUUUCAAACCAUACAUAUGUGAGGAAUGUGGAAAAGCCUUCUCUACAAAUAUAUACCAAUAUUUACAGAAAUUAACUCACAGUGUGGUGACAAAUGCAAAGAAUAUGUCCAAAUGCUCAACAAAAACGUUAGGGAUCAUGAGAAAACCCACUCUGGAGAGAAACCAUGCAAAUCUAUAGAGAAUGUGGCAAAUACUUUAGAAGUUCCAUAGCAUGGUCUGAACCCAUGAUAAUUUCUAGUGGAGAGAAAUAUUACAACUGUGGAGAAUGAGGCAAAAACUGUUACCAGUCUUCUGGUCUUAAGCAACAUUCAAGAAUUCAUCUGUGUGUGAAGAAUGUGCCAAGGUCUUUAGUAAUUACUAGGAACUUGUGAAAAACCCUAUAAUUCAUACGAGACUCUACAUGUGAAAAAUGUCGCAAAUCCUUUAAUAAACUUUCUUAUAUUUCUCACCAUAAGGUGGUUUUAACUCCAUUGAAAUAAUACAAAUGUUAAAAUAUUCAUAAUAUGUUAACAUAUCUUUAAACCCUAAAAGUUAUCAAACGCUUCCUACUGAAUAGAAACCAUAUAGGAUUAAGGGUAAGUAAAGCCUUCGGAAUCAUUCACACAAUCAUGUCCAAAGUACAGUUGUCAGAUUGUGUGCUUGUUCUCUGGAUUUGAGACUGAUGCAUCCUUUCUGAGUUUUGUUUUUUUCUGUUUUAGAAUCAGAACAUUUGUUCUAGACCAGUGAGUAGUAAAUGUAGUCACUUGUUCUUAUGUUGUAGGAGAUCACAGUUAAGAGAUUGCUUGAGUCUCACGUGACAUGGACUCCGGCCUUUCAUAGUGUUGCCAUUGUUAAAUACUCUGGACCUUUCAAGCCUAUUUUGCUUAUGAGGUGAGGUUGGAGAAAGGGAAGAAAUGUUAAGAAUAAAACUGUGACUAAAGCUAACAUGAUGGCAUUGGGAAAAACCUGAAUUGCCAACAAGACCCAUAGCCAUGUUAGUAUUCCAAGUAUACACAAAAUACAAAGAAGGAAUUACCUCUGAACAUUGUCCUCCAAUCUCCAUGCAUGGGCUGCCACAUAUGCAUACAUACAUGUGCCCAGACAAAAUAAACCUAAAUUACGCUUUGAAUUAUGUAUGUGUUUUAUUCAGACUGGGGUCAAGAAGUAAUGCUUGUAUUGCAGUUGUUAACUUCAUGAGUUCUAGCAUCAUGUGAGAAGCAAGCCUCUGAUUGUUGAUUUGCUAUUUCUUGAUUAGUUUAGUUGAUGUCAGAAGAUCAGGUGAUUGCGGUUUGAAGUGUGUUUUGGAAAUGCUGCAGUAUAAGGAACUAUCCUGAGAACACCUCUUCAUCUAUCUCCUGCUUCCUGACUCUGGGUGGAACAUGAUGAGCUUCUUUAAGUUCCUGUUGUCAUAACUUUCCCAUCAUGCAUUGUGGUUGGAGUAAGAAUUGCCCUCAGGGUCCAUAGAUUUGAAUCUUAGUCGUCAGGCAGUAGCACCUCUUUAAAAGAAUUAAGAAGAAUGGCAUGGUUGGAGUAAGUCUGUCACUGGGGGUUGUAUUUGAGGUUUCCAAAGCUCAGACCCAGUGUCUCUGUCCUCAUACUGACUAUGGAUCAAAAUGUAGAAUUCUCAGCUGCUUCUCAAGCAUCGUAUCUGUCUCCAUUCCACCAUGUUCCCUAGCAUGCUCCAUGCAACAAUGAUAAUGUACGAGACUUCUAAAACUGUCAAGAAGCCUUAAUAAAUGCUUUCCUUAUAAGAGUUA